AGUGAUACCAUCAAAUGAGAAUCCACAAUUUAAUAUUUAUAUUUGUUCUAUCUAUUCGCUUUCAGCUCAUACUACAUGCAUUAUAGCCUAUCAAAUAUUUUCAAUACUGUCGCGUGUAUCCACACAUGGAUACACUCGUAAUCUUGCUAUCUUCCUUCACGAUAUUUGUCCCUCGGCGUGUGCCGUCCGGAGUCCGCCCGACUGACGCAAGUUUGUCUACCAGUAGUAAAGAUGGAGAAUGACACGACUGUUAGGAGAAUAAAACUGAACGCUAUACAAAAUAAUUCAUUAAAAAAUACAAAAUAUGCCCAUGACCAAUAUGAUAACAACGGCUAUGGGGACGUACAAAAGAAGUCCGAAGUCAACUCGUUCUUGUUAAGCGAAGUAGGGUCCGCUGUAUUGGUGGUUGUAUUUAUUUUGGUUUUGUGGGGACUGGUUCAUUUAUCGUUACAGCAGCUUGUACUAGGGAGAUCGACCGGGGAAUUCAAUGCAGUCAGAGCAAGAAAACACCUGGAAAGCAUCACCAGUGUGGGUCCUCGACCAGUGGGAAGUGUGGAGAAUGAGGUGAUCACCGUGGGUUACCUGCUGGCUGAGAUAGAGUACAUCAGGGAGGAGAGCAAGGCCGGCCCCCACGCCAUUACUGUGGACGUGCAACGGCCCACCGGCUCCUUCAGCAUCGACUUCUUGGGUGGCUUCACCAGCUACUAUGACAAGGUCACGAACAUUGCUGUCAAGCUGGAGCCUAAGAGUGGCGCAGAGCACUUCAUGCUGGCCAACUGUCAUUUUGACUCUGUGGCUAACAGCCCAGGGGCAAGUGAUGAUGCUGUGAGCUGUGCAGUCAUGCUAGAGGUGCUCCACUCGCUCGCUAACCUGUCCACUCCGCUGCUGCACGGAGUCGUGUUUCUCUUUAACGGGGCCGAGGAGAAUGUUCUGCAGGCAAGUCAUGGUUUCAUCACCCAGCACCCCUGGGCUGAGAAAGUACGAGCUUUUAUUAACCUAGAGGCUGCAGGUGUGGGUGGCAAGGAAGUGGUCUUUCAGACAGGGCCAGAGAACCCGUGGCUAGUGCAAGCCUAUGUCCACGCUGCCAAGCACCCUUUUGCCUCUGUGGUCGGGCAGGAGGUGUUUCAGAGUGGAGUGAUCCCUUCUGAUACAGACUUCCGAAUCUACAGGGACUUUGGCCAUAUCCCAGGCAUAGAUCUGGCUUUCAUUGAGAAUGGCUUCAUCUACCACACCAAGUAUGAUACACCAGACCGCAUCCUGACCGACUCCAUCCAGAGAGCAGGGGACAACAUCCUAGGCGUCCUUAAGCACCUGGUCAUGUCCGAGAAGUUGGCUGAUGCUUCUGAGUAUCGCCACGGAAACAUGGUGUUUUUUGACCUACUGGGCGUGGUUGUGGUGGCAUAUCCAGCUCGUGUUGGCACCAUCAUCAACUGCAUGGCUACCAUGGCAACAUUCUUUUACUUUGGAAAGAAGUACAUGCUGCACAGAAAUAUGGGGGGUCGAUAUGUCCAGGAUCUGGUGAUUGCGGUUGGCGUGACGCUGCUCAGCUGGCUGGUGACUCUUUUGUCAGUGCUAAUUGUAGCGCUGCUAGUGACCUUGUUGGGCCGCUCCAUGUUCUGGUACAACCACUUCUACGCCUCCAUCUGCCUGUAUGGGGCCGCCGCUACCGGCAAAAUGAUCCUUAUUCACACUCUGGCCAAAAACCUCUAUUAUGGGAACGUGCAGCAGUUGGAGCUGGGAGACCUGUUCUUCGACGUGAGCCUGGCGCUGUGGUGCUGUUCCCUGGUCUACCUCACCCAGCAGGGCUUGUGCUCUGCCUAUGUGCCAAUGCUUAUGGUGGCCUUCCCCCUCAUCACCAAGCUGCUGUUAACCAGGGAGUUCAAACAGAGAGGUGCCUCAGUGAAAUACUCAAUCCUCUUUCUGGUGGGACUGGCUCUACCUUAUGUGCACUUCAUGUUCCUAAUCUGGGUGGUCUUUGAGAUUUUCACUCCGAUCCUUGGCCGCAGUGGCACUGAGAUACCUCCAGAUGUGGUGCUGGCCUCACUUAUCACCCUGGCAACCGUUCUCCUCUCCUCAUACUUUUUGCACUUCAUCUACCUGGCCCGUGGCACCAAGUGGAUCCUGUCCGUGCUGGGGACUGUGUUUACAGCGGUCUUUCUUCUGGUGUCAUGUGGGAUGCUCUUCCCGUACUCCUCCGACCCCUCUUCUCCCAGACCAAAGCGAGUGUUUCUGCAGCACACGACUCGUACCUUCCAUGGACUGGAUGGGCAGGUUGAGCACAAAGACUCAGGGCUCUGGAUCAACAGCUUUGACUACACAGCUAUGCAACACAUCACACCUCACAUCCCAGAGAUCAAUGACACCAUCCGCCAACGCUGCCAGGAAGACUUACCCUUCUGCGGCUUCCCCUGGUUCCUCCCCGUCAAGUUCCUGGUGAAAAAGAACUGGUACCUCCCAGCAGAAGAAGUGUCUCCAAAGUCCCCUAUGAAGUUCAGACUUGUGUCCAAACACCAGACGGAGUGGGGCACAAUCCGAAUGUCUUUUGAGGCAGAAGGGCCCAGCCACAUGUCCCUGUACCUGCUCCCCCACAGUGGCGCUACUCUCACCAGCUGGUCAUUGGGGGAUGGCAUUCCCAAGUUUGAUCUCAGUGGGGAAUACUUUAUAUUUUAUUCCCAUGGUCUGGAGGCCCCUGCUUGGAACUUUUGGUUUGAAAUUCAGCCUUCAAGCACAGGACCAGACGAGGGCAUGAUCUCGAUGGCCAUCUCAUCUCAUUACUUCUUCGGGGAGGACAAGCUCACCCCCCAGCUGGACCUGAUGCUCCAGCGCUUCCCCCUGUGGGCCUUCCCCUCUUCCUGGGUCAGCACGUACAACAUGUACCGCUACUGAAGGGCUCUCCCAUCCAUACAGCCACGCACACAUGUACACACACUCACACAUUACAUACACCAUUACAAGGGUUUGAGAGUUUCUCAAGUUAUUGCCGGUACAAAAUAUCACAUUCACACACACACACACACACACACACACACACACACACACACACUUAUUCACACCCAAUCUGCUGCUGCACAAACAUCCACUGGAUGAAUCCACCUCACACAGAUGCACAAGAAACAUACUCACAAACUGUUACCGUGUACAUAUCCUUACUGACACACACACUUACACAAAAACAACCAUCACUGUGUCAACGGGCUAACAUACUAUGGAGCAACUUCAAAGCCAAGACAGAACCAAGUUUAUUUAUUGAGGACCAACCGAAAUGUUUUUCCGUUCUCCACCGUGGUCUCUCUCUUCUCUCUCUCCACCGUGGUCUCUCUCUUCUGUCUCUCCACCGUGGUCUCUCUCUUCUCUCUCUCCAUCG